GUCAGUGCAGAACGUUGGUUUGGAGGAGAAGGAAAUUUGUUGUUACGAGUUUGUUAACAUUUCGAUGGUGGUUGUGUGACAGGUGUAAGGAAUGUUUUCGGUAUUGAGCAAGAAAUUGGAAACAUUUUCAAACAUGGAAAAUGAUAGAUGAAGACAUGGUUUUAUUGAAGUUUCUUCUUUGUGUGGUUUGACAUUCUGUUGCACUAAUCACUGUUGGUGGGUUUGUAUUUGCAAUAAUGGCAUCUAGCUGUUUUGAUUUAAGUGGUGGUGGAUCGGGAGUGAUCUUAUCAAAAGAGGAUGCCCUGCAAUUGUGGAGGGGCCAUAGACGGACCAAGAGUGCUGGUAGUAAUACCUCAAGAGACUUGUCUUUGUAUACUAGCAUGGGUUUAUAUAGUCACCAUGGUGAAGGAACCAUGCAUGUCACAGAAACAGCAGCCAGUGAGCUGUCCCACAUGACUGAUACUACUUGUAAUAGUGCCUACGAGUUUGUGAAAGUUACAGAUAAGGCUGAGAGGGAACACAGAGAAACAGAGGAACCACAUGAACGAGAGUGUGGCCUAUUAAAUAUCCGUCCAUUAUGUCUUCAGCGAUUUGCCAGGAUUCGCGUGUUUGUUUUUCUUGCUUGUAUUUUGGUCACCUUACAACAAGCAUUAUCCUCAGGCUAUUUCAACAGUGUAAUUACCACAAUAGAAAAGAGAUUUGACAUACCCAGCAGGAUUUCGGGGGCCAUAGCAAGUACUUUUGAAGUUGGGAAUUUAUUGACCAUUAUCUUUGUCAGCUACUUAGGCAGUCACAGACACAUCCCUGUCUGGAUCGGAAAAGGAAUCUUGGUGAUGGGCAUUGGGUCAGUUAUUUUCUCUCUACCAUAUUUCCUUGGUCAGUCCGAUUCAUUUUCUCGUGGUAAGUUUGGGAGGAACUCAUCUAGUAGCAUGGAUGAGAACACUUGCCAAGUGUCUUUACCAGUCCAGCCACACCAUCUUGGAACAAGCCAUUUUGCUAUACAACCACCGCCACCAGAUAUAAAUUCACCAUCGUGCAUUGAAGGCAGUUCUUCCAAUAUGCUUUACAUUUUGAUAUUCAUGCUUUCUCAAAUCCUGAUUGGCUGUGGGGGUACUCCCAUUUUUACUCUAGGGACCACAUACAUUGAUGAUCACGUAAGAAAAGAAAGUUCUUCCAUGUACAUUGGUUGUAUGUACAGUAUGGUGGCUUUUGGCCUUAUCUGUGGCUUUCUUCUUGGAGGAUACCUUCUAUCCAUUCAUGAGGAUGCAAUCCUUUAUGGCAGUUUACCUGAGGAUGUCACUUCCAGUACCUCUGAGUGGGUGGGAGCGUGGUGGGCAGGAUUCCUUCUGUUUGGCUUCCUAAUGAUGAUAGUAGCAAUUCCAUUUUUUGCUUUUCCUAAAACUUUAAAAAAAGAAAAAGAACGCCUGAUGCAUGAAAACUGUGAACAGUAUGAUUUUACUGGUACAAGUGGAACCCCCAUUCAGGAGGAGUGGCAUUUACCUGGAGAACAGGAACCAAAUACCCAAAUAUUACCUGAUGGAGAAAAUAAACAACAGAAAUAUGGCAAGGAUAUCAAAGAUAUUCCGGCAUCUAUAUGGAACCUUUUGUGCAAUCCUGUGUACGUUGUCACCUCUCUGGGUUCAUGUAUGGAACUGUCUAUCGUUAGUGGGUUUAUCAUAUUUCUUCCAAAGUAUCUAGAAACACAGUUUUCUCUUGGAAAGUCUCAAGCUAAUCUAUUCACAGGAGGGAUUGCUAUUCCCGGAGCUUGUAUCGGGAUCUUUCUUGGAGGAUACUUGUUGAAAAGAUUACAACUCAGGCCUAAAGGAGCAAUUCAGUUUGUUCUGUUCUUCAACAUACUGUGUAUGGGACUGUACACAAUUCUUUACUUCCUGGGCUGUGACAACAUUCAGAUGGCUGGGGCCACUCUUCCUUACUUUAACAGUACUGAGCUUAAGCCGUUCCAAGUCAACCUGACAGCCGACUGCAACCUAGGAUGCCGCUGCUCUCCGAAUGACAUACAACCUGUUUGUGGAAAGAAUGGUAUCACCUACUUUUCACCUUGUCAUGCCGGGUGUCGUGCUGAAGCUGGAUCUCGGCACCUUCUUGGUGGUAUGGUUAAGAAUUAUACGAGCUGUGCUUGUAUAAUCACUAACAAGACCAUUUCCCAGGAAGUUAUGGCUAUUCCUUUGGCUACAGCUGGACCUUGUCCACGGGUUUGCGAGAUAAUGAUUCCAUUUAUGAUACUGCUCUUUGUUAUGACUCUUGUUGUGUCCAUCACUCAGAUGCCCCUUCUGAUGGUCACUUUAAGGUCUGUGAAAGACGAAGAAAGGGCCUUUGCUCUAGGAAUGCAGUUUGUUAUUUUUCGGUUAUUUGGAUAUAUCCCUUCUCCCAUAUUGUUCGGUAACGUCAUCGACUCGACCUGCCUGGUGUGGAAGGCCCACUGUGGAAUACCUAGUGGUUUUUGUCUGAUAUAUGAUAUUGAACAGUUCCGAUUAAGAUAUAUUGCCAUUUGCUCUGGGUUAAAAGUAACAGCUGGUCUUCUCUUCUUCCUUGACUGGGUGUUGAUAUCAUGGCGACACAGGAAAGAAUUAACAGAAGGACCUACCAUGACUGUCGGUGAGAUUGUUUCCUCUAUCAUUUCCUUGGACCGACUUUCGGCUAUGGGUCGAGGCGAUCUUGCUAGAGACUGUGAUGAAGUACUGCCCCUAGAAGAACAUUCGGAAGAUACUUGUGUGGAAAACGACCUCCGAAGAAAUCACUUACACAGACGUGGACUAUCAGGACAUCAAGUUAGUUUUGUUGGUGUACCAGCUUAGUACAUGUUUUCAGCCUCGAUACUGUUUAUUUCUCUGUAGAAUAUAUAUAUAUAUGUCUGUUUUAUAUAGGUAGAUAUAUAUAUAGAAGUGUAAUAGGAAUAGUGUACAAUUUGUAAGUAAUAUUUAUGGUUCAGAUCUUAUAUGCAUAGAGACUUAAGCAGUGAUUGGAUAUGUUGUACUUAAAUGUUCUUAGUUGUGGGAAAAUCAAACAAUGUAAGAGAUCAAUACUUUUUUACUAUCACUUUUUUGUCUGGAAAUCACUGUAAGUUCCUUAUCAUUGGUUAUUUUUGUGUAAAAUAACUUCUCACUCUUUAUGUCGAAAGGAAAAAAAAAAUUUUGCUACUCUGAUGGUUUUACAUGUGACCGUGAUUUGGUAAGCUGUAACGGGACUAUUGUGAUAACCAAAAUUUGGAACAAGGUGUCAAAUGAAAUAAAAUCUGUAUUUACAAUAAAUUUCAGAAGUGAU